GUAUCAUCCGAUUGCCAAAAACCGUUGUAWGGACUCUGAGAACAAGCGGAUCCAAACAUCUAUCUAUCCGUCCAGACGUCCAUCCAUAAUUCAUUCUCAAUAGGUGCACCAUGAGGAAUCUUGCGUUUUUGUACAUAGUUCUGCCGCUGGCCGCGACAACCACCACCACGCUGUCUUCGGCUCUAACUUCCCGGACUUCGACAAUACCAGGAACGAUAUCGACGAGAGGGACCGGCAUCGUACAUCGUCAUCGACACCGAUGCCGACGCCGAGACCAAUUGUCUCAAAACGAAKGCCACCGAGGGCGUCAUCCCCGAAMUUCAUAUCCGCAUCCGCAUUUAUUGGCCAMAUCAACCGGCGAGGAGCGAGAAAGUGCCGAUGAAACAGAUCCCGUUUCACCCCCGCAGUCACAGGAUCCUCCACCGUCGUGUCCKUUUUCAAAAACCUUUCCUCGGUACCGCAUCGAUCUGACGACGUCCAAGAGGAAUCGGAAAAAGCAGCAGCAGAGGGAAGGCGUCUGGUCUCUGGUUCCGAAAGUAGAGCUUCCGUCCCUGGAAUURCCGUCCCCGCCUUGGGAGGAAGCMCURCAAAAAAGCCGGCUGGAAUCGGUUGUGCGGCGRCGGCAGAACCCAGCGGUYAUGGGCGAAACGGAACUGAAGCUAGCGCCAGGCCUCGACGGGGUUUCGGCYUUUGCUCGCCUGUGGGAAGAAAGCGCAGAGCUGAUGGAACACCUGUCGCCCUCUUGUGUGGUGGUGCUGGGACUUCCCGGUGCGCAGGGAGCUCUCGCCGAAAAUUUCUGCGAGAUUGUCGAGUGGAUGGCGGAGUCGGACGUCCACGGCGUGUCCUCGUCCUGCGAAUCAACGCUCCGUGCGGAACUACUCACGGACGAAACGCUCGGGUUCCCCGCGGUGCGACUCGAGCGCAGGCCGCGAGCCCCAUCGCCGGAGGAAAGACCCUCCGAUGGGAACGSCCGCACAAGGACCGACGGAGCCACCGAGAAAGUCGUCAACGAUCGCACCCGGACGUGGGUGAAGCGCAUCCUGGUCGAGCAGGGCAUCUGCCCCUUCACGCGGAGCGACCGCAUGAGCGGGCAGGGGCUCCUCGACCUGGGGGUCCCCGUCGGAUCGAUCGCGUACCACGCCAGCUUCGAGAGGCACCCCGUCGGCCUCUUUGCGGACACGUGGAGGGCGAUCGACGCGAUGAUCAAGGCCGGCCCCGAGGGAAGRACCGGGGUGAGCAGCAUCCUGCUGGCGGCCCCGGAAUUCGACGAGGACUUUGACCUGUGGGCGGGACCGGUCUUUGCGAUGCUCGAGGCGGGUGUGGUAGCGGCCGGGGCCGAGUCCGAGGUGGGCGUGGUGUGCUUUCACCCCCGGUACGCGACCCCGGACGGGAAGUCCUGGCCGGGCUUUGGGCACAUGCACUCCGUUCCCCGUCUGGAAAAGUGGUACCGAGARACMUACGAAUCGGCKUCCCGGGGGCAGGCACCGGGACCCGAGGGCGAAGCCGARAGCGGGCCGYUGCUGCUGAGCACGGAACAGAUCGCGGCCGGUGGGGCCUGGCAGCGCCGGACCCCCCACGCUACCAUCAACGUGCUGCGGGCCGAUCAGCUCGAGGCGGCGGAAUCGCGGAGGGUUUCGGGCAAGAUGUACACCGAAAACAUCGACAAGCUGGUGGGGGUCAACGGCAUCGGGAACGAGAAACUCGCCAUGSAUCUGGAACGAGAACGGCAGCAGGGAACGSGCUCGUAGUCGGUGUCUGCACCCUCUCGCUCGCUCGCUAGGAAUCGCUAACAGAACAAAGACAACAACCCCAAUCGUUUUCUUCCCUAAAGCAACAUUUUGUACAGAGGACUUUGUUUACACAUAAAAGAUAGUAUUUGUA